UUUCUCAUUUCCUCUCUUUUUCUGGCUGUCGUUUCCUGCCUCCUCUUCCUCCUCCUCCUCCUCCUCCUCCUCUGGUGCCCGGUCUAAGGGGAAGACCUGGAGAGGAAUGAUGGCUCUUCCUCCAGGCCGUACUACAUGUCACCAGGCUUGCACAGGAUCCUGCACAGAGGAGAGGAGGGUUCCAAAUCACGCUCUGCCUCCUGAGCGAUGGCUCUCUCACUCCUCUGUUAGUGCCGUAUGGACGGGGGUGUGUAAUGUAUCAGAGCCAGAAUCUUAGGGCUAGAUAUCAAAAAUAAACGCACCCCGGCCUGGCCCUGCAUCACCUGGAUAUGAAAGCACAGGCUUUUACUACUGAUUCUCACAGAAAAGGCAUCGGAAAGAUGAAAAAAAAGAAAAGAAAACAACACAAAACAAAAAAAAUAAAAUAAAAAUGAGACAUCACUUUACUUCCACUUUUGAGCCAACUCAGAUUCCUGCCUUUCCCUCCUCCUGUUCUCGUGUCUUUUCUGAUUUUUCUGCUGACCUCUGCCUUACAGAGAGGACACUGUGGACCGGCAGACGGAUGCACAGACAGACAGACAUUUAAAAAUAUAUGAGCAUUUUAACCCAAGACUCUGACAUGUACAGACACCAACUGACGGUGUAAAGCAUCACCGCUGAAUGGACUCGUGUCGCACUUUGGUGUAAAAUCAUGUUUUGUACGCACUUUCACAUGUGGGGAAAAAAGAAUCCUUGAUUCCUUGGCGGGGCUACCAGUGUUUACCAUCAGCUGUAAAGGUCUUUUGAACCACUGUAUUUAUACUGACACAACAAUGGUAACGGGGGGAAAAGUGACAUCUGUUUCUGAGUCGACUAAUUUACUCAUGGAUGUGCUGUAGACCGGACAGAGAACUUUGCGGGAGGACAAGACUUUUGAGGAUGUUUAAAGGUUUGGUUUCAACAUCUGAAGUGAGGCGGACAGUUUUCAGGAACCCUCUGAAUGCAGCCACUAGUUUAUGUGCCUAGUUGUGGACAAACAAAAGCAUUCGUUCCUCUUGUUCUGUGGUUUUAGAUCUAACCCCAGGAACCUUUUGCGAUACAAUUUAUAAAAAGGAUGUCAAAGCCAUUUUUGGUAAUUUUUUUAUCAUGGAUGAUUCAGAUGUAGUGCUGUUUUAAUACUGAGUAUAAUACACACAUCUGUCCGGAGGCCGUUCGGUGUUCUUUUUGUAUAGGGACAUUUUUUCAAAUCGAAAGAAUUCUGAUUCAAAUGUGAGUAACUUUUUUUGAAUAAACACCGAUGGUGGAAGUCUUGUCUUUUCCUGUGCCAACUAACUUUGUCAACAUUGCUGCUGAUGCUGCCUCCUAGUGUGGGACCUGGAGGUGAACGACGGCUCUCGUCAGAAGCCCUACUACAUGAGCGAGUCCCUGCGGAGCAUCUUCAAGAAAAGCUGACGAGGAACCGAGAUGGAAGGUUGUCCAGCAUGCAGUCGUAGUGGACCCUGCAGAGAACCUUCUCCUCCACCAGGGCGAACUCCUCCCCGGUGGACAGCUGCCUCUUGCAGGAGAAGCAGGCGAAGCAGGCCAGGUGGUACACGUUCCCCUUGGCCCGGCGGACCCAGUCCGUGGAGUGGAUGUUCCUGCCGCAGCACGCGCACCAGGUGCCGUACCUCCUGCAGACUGCUGUCAGCCUACAACAGUCUGACUGACAAACACCUGGCCGGAUACUUCAGCAACACCCGGAUCAGGAGACACCUGCAGAGAGCCGGCCUGAUCACUCGCAGCGGGCGUAUCGUCCCAAACAAAGAGUACAGACACAAGCUGAUCCAGAAGGCUCAGCAGAGACACGUCCACGAAUGUCUCGCCCAGGCCAUUUUCCACAAGGUGCUGGAGAUGGAGCGUCUUCAUCAAAUCGAGAUCAAAAGGAAACUGGAGGAGUUUGCAAGAAGGGAGAGAGUGCACAAGAUCAAGCUGGAGCGCUCCAGACGGUAUGAAGAGGACAUCAUCCGCAUCCUGUCCCCACGUCCCCCCACAGGAGCCAGGGGCUUCAGGAAACAGCACUCAGGGCCAGAGGGGGCGCUCUCUGAAUCCUCCGAGUCUCCGGGAUCGUCUCGUCCAAACACAGCUCCGGGGAAGAUGCAGAGACCCGUGCGUCUCAAACCGAUCCACAGCAACGGCACCACAGCUUCGCUCAGACGCAGCUCUCCGUUCCGACCGCUCGACUCCUGCAAUGAGAAUGAGCAGACGUUCAACGGCACGAUGGACAAGGAGACCCGUAAACUUCUGACAACAAAGGAGAACUCCGACGGCGUCUCUCCCUACUGCCUCCCCGUCAUCAACAAUUUUGUCACCCCCGUGCCCCCAGUCACAAAGAGGAAAGAGAGGGGGGUAAAGGUCACGGCCAGCGGGACCACCCGACGCCGCAGGCUGCGUCCCACCACGGCCACCAGUGGAGCUGACGUCAUGGAGGAUCCCCCUCUGAUGAGGAGCUCUGUGCAUCAGAGCAGAGUGACGGUGAACAUGGUGUAUUAUGGGAAAAGUGUUCAUCUCACCCACGACCUGCUGGACCUGAGGGACGAGGUGAAGGUGUUCCAGCAGCACUGUGGAGGAGAAAACCUGUGUGUGUACAAGGGCAAACUCCACGAAGGAGAGUCUUUCCAGUUCAUUUCCAGACGACACAGAGGCUUCCCCUUCAGCCUCACCUUCUUCCUGAACGGCCUGCAGGUGGAGCGACUCAGCUCCUGCUGCGAGUUCAAGCACAGGAAGGGCUCCAGACUGGGCGGCAGGCACGGCCACUUUGGCUUCGUCGGUGUGGAGGCGGCCUCCCCCUGCUACAAGUGCAUCAUAGCAAUGGGACUCGACAAAAAACCCACACCUCCUCCGAGGAGAGUUAAGGAAGCAGAGAGUGACCAAUCUGUGGUCAGUCCGAAAGAAACUCCCGUGAAGGACGCCGAGAGGACGGACACGUCUUCACAUACAGACUGUGAAAGUCAAGGACAGGAGACGGUGAUCCAGAAAAGUGGAGCCAGAGCAGAUUAUGAAGAAGACUUUGAAGCAGACGACGAAGGCCCCGCAGAGGAGGAACACCAAAAUAAAUGUACGUCUCAGUCCGGUAAAACGGACCAAGAAGCCGAAGAGAAGGAAAUGUCUGAGUCGGAAGAUGAGGAGAAGAACGAAAACAAGUCGUACUCGAGCUCCAGCUGCUCAGACAGUGAGCGGGAGGUCAGCGAUGAAGAAGGUACAAACCAUUCCAGAGAAGAAGAGAAAGCUGAGCCACCGUUGGAGGAGGAGGAGCAGAAUGGAGAGGUUGAAGACGAAGACAAACCAAACCCAGAAGAAGAAGAAGAAGCGGCAGCAGCUGAGGGAGAGUCUGCUGCUGCAGCUUCACAGGACGCUCCAGGAGGGGGCGCACAGGUCAACAUCGGUGACACUAGCGUCCCCACGGCACAGGAGCACCAACGCGACGAGGAGGACACCGUGGGAGACGAUGAAGCCGAGGGAGUGGGAGAUGGGAGUAAAGAGGAGGGAGGUGAGGAGGAGAAGGCUGAAUCUGUGCAGGAAAACGUUGUCGAAACUGCGGAAACUGAGUCCGUGUCCAAACCCGUGGACUGUGAAAGGGAGACGUCGUACGACCGGAGUGAACACAGCGAUGAUGCAGUAAAAGAAAAGUCGGUGACAUUUGAAGAAGAAACUAAAUGUGAGGCCAGUGAUGAAGGCGACGGAGCUGCAGUGGGUCGAGACCAGGAGCCAGAACCACAGGGCGAGACCAAAGAAGACCAGGACGAGGACAGUGACUGUGUUAAAGCUGAGACAGUCCUGGAAGAGGAGAGGAAUGAGAACCCUGCACCAGAGGAACAAGAAGCUGCAGAGAUGACAGAACACAGCCAAACUUCCGAACCUCAGGAGGCCUCAGCGGCGUGCAGUGAUGAGAACCCUGCACCAGACGAUGAAGAAAAUAAGAGGAACUCCUCAGAUGCAGAUGCAGUUGAAGUCGACGCGCAGCCACAGGAGACGGGACAAGAGGCAGAAACAGGUGAGCUGAAGGAAUCACCGACGUCAGAACUGGAUAAAAGGGCGGUUGAAAAAGCAGCGUUGGAUGACGCGGAGGCAGAGGAGAUGACAGCAGAGUCCUCAGAGGGUCGAGAGGCUCUCAGCUGUGAAGAGGAGUCUGUACCUCACCCGGAUAGACGCGCAGCAUCACAGACAGAAGUCACAGCAGGGGAUUCGAGCAGCUCACUGGACGGGAGUGGAGACACAAUGGUAGAAAAUGCAACAGAUGUCAAAGAGAACGGUGUGAAAGCAGGAGGCAGCGAGGUCGAUGUUAAAGAGGAAGAAGAAGAGCAGACGUCAAAAUCUGAUCCAGAAAAUGGUCACGUGGAAAAAGAAACCUCGGAAAAUGAAGAUAAAGAGGAGGAAAAGGAAACUGACCCGGAGGAAUCCACCAAAAAUGAAAAUGAAAGCUGUGAGAGCAAGAUGACAGAGAAGGAAAACGAAAAUAUACCAAACUCUGAAGAGGAUCAGAAAACGGAUCUGAAUCAUGAAACUCAGAUUAGUGACCAAACCAGCAGCAGAGACGAACCAGAGAAAAAUACAGAAAAUCAGUCAGAGGACGAAGGUCACAGUGAAGCAGCAGGAGAGACAAAAAGGACGGACGACGAUGUGGUGGAGACUGAAGGCACGAAAGAAGAAAAUGAAGGCGGAAGUACCAGGAGUGAGAGGAGGAAAAUAGAUGCUGAGAACGGAGAGAUUUCACCUGCAGGAGAGGCUUCCGAUGAAGAUGGAAAAGAUUGGAAUCGAGGAGAGCUGGGUGAAGAUGGAAGACAAACAGAGGAGCCAAGUGGGGAGAAAAGUGAGGAGGUGAAGCCUGAAGAGGAAGAGGAAGAGGAAGAUGAAGGCUGCGGCGGCAGCGUUAGGAAACAAGGCCUGGAGCAGGAGAUCAAUGUAGAACCAGAUACCAGCAGAGAGGAGAGUGAAGGAACGAAACAAGACGAGAAUAAAAACAGAGUGGACGUUCACAGUGAAAACAGAGACUCUGAGUCAAGCAGAGAUAUUGAUAAAAUCACUGACAUGGCGGCUGCGUCAGCACCAGAUCAGCCACAGUCUUCAGCCACCAACAAACCACACGAAUCCACUGGCGAAACCCCCGAACAGACCCGACCUCAUGAAAACACUGAUGGUGGGGAAGAAAAUGGAGGAGACGAGGAGGCGAGCAAAGCCUCCGAGGAAGGAGUCAGUGUCCUGUUCAAACCUCAGGCGCCGCAAGACGAGGCCGAAACCGCAGAACAAACCUCUGGAGACAUGCAGUCUCCAGAGGUGCUAACGAGUGAGGUCAACACAGACCUGGUCUCCAACUGGAUCAACAUGCACCAGAGGUCCAAGUUCUUCGAGACCUUUGUAGAACCCUUAGAAGACCUGGGAGAAGACUCUUCAAACACCGGAGUGUCGACGUCUACGGAGCAGCACAGGUCGGAAAGUCCACUCAAAAUGUCAGGGAAGUGUUCGAGUGACCAGAACGAUCAAAACGAAGAAGGGGAAAGUAGAAAAGACAAAGAUACUAGAGAGGUGAAGGACAUGAGUCCAAAGACAGAGACCAGUGAACCUGAUGGAGGAAGCAAGGAAUCUCUACGAGAAGACAGAGAAGAUCAGCUUGAAGAGCAUCGAGCACAAGGUGUUUUGGCUAAAACUGAAGUGGAGAGCAUCAUAGAUACCCAACGUUCCACGGCCAGCCUGAAACAAGGUCAAGAGAAAACACCAGGCUUGAACGGAAGUCAAACAGAAGGCGAAAAGGCGCCGAGUCUUGUCCCAGAAGAGCCCGGCGAUCUCCCAGUGAGCUCCGAUGCACCGAAGGACACCAGAGAAACACUGGAGAACCCUGACUUUACCGCCGUCCGGUCUGACAACGGAAGUCAGGCUGCGUCCAGCUACAGAGGGGUGCAGACGGUCAAACAGUCCGACAGCGUGAGUGGAGAGCCAAUCAGAGACACCAAACAGCCGCUGAGUAAAGAGGGACUGAGCUCCUACUCAGUUGAUGAGACCUUGUUAGGUCACAGCUCUUAUCCUUUACUGAGUUCUGCAAGAACCGAGAGUUUACAUUAGAAGACCACGUCUCAGGCUCAAACAGCACCAGUCGUAGAUAUUCUUCUAAGGAAAGAAAUAUAUUUUCAUCCGUCGGUGUAGUAGUACCUCGUGUAACAGGUACUGCUAUUGGAAAACCAGGGUUACUUUACAACUUACUUUAAUUAUUGAUUUAAACUGAAUGUCAGAUCUUCUUCAGUGCAAUCAUUUGUUAAGUUUAGGGAUGUCCGAUAAUAUCGGCCGAUCGAUAUUAGCAUAAUCAUGUAAUAUCUGUAAGGAUCGUUAUCGUUUUUUUUUUCUCCCAUAAUGCCUGGGUUUCGCCAAACCAUAUGUGCCCUAAAAAUAGUUUUGGGGAUGAACAGCUGUAUAGUAAAGUUAAAGUCACUAGAUGGCAGCAUUGCAGCUCACUUUAUUAAUC